AUGGACCGCCUUCAGAGCAUUGGUAAAACAAAGUACUGGGCCGAGAUUAGUAUCCUUCCAGUCAACGAAAACGAGCCAGAACAUAAUAGAUACGAUCCGAUUACUGAUGCCAAAAACCUUAGAAAAUCGUCGAGAUUUGGAGCCAAGGCUAGAGAGAUGGUUAAGCAUGGGAGGCUGCAAGUGAAAAUCGAGAAAUGUGACAAUGUUUUCGUCAAAAAUGUUCUCACCGCGCCUAUUGAAUACUCGGGUCAAGAGCCGACCAAAGACGAUGCGACAAAAGCUAUGAUACAUAAGCUUGAUACUAUGUGGAAAGAAGGAUCAACUCUAGAAGAACUCGCAGCAUUACAUACCCGUCGUUCUAUAGCUGCGCUUGAAGCAUUCGGCAUAGAAUCCAGGUCUGACCGAGGACGUUCGUCUCGCGAGGAUACCCCUGCACUCCCCCCAACACCUUGGAUUCCGCCAUUAGACGAAAAUGACCUGCCGGAAGAGCCGUAUAAUCCCUGGUGA